AUGGCCCCUAAACCCGACGCCGACUUCAACCUGGCCAACGGCCAUGGCUACAUGCUGGACAGCCACUUCCGCGCUGCCUCGCGCCUCAACCUCCAGCACUACCUCUGGCGCGAGGCCCUGGGCUACGUCGUCCACCCGUCCAUCUCGCUCCCCAAGGCCAGCGACGCCCAGGUGGCGAUCGCGGAUAUCGCCUUUGGCACGGGCAUGUGGCUCAUCGACGUGGCGAAGAAGUACCCGAACGCGGAGCUGAACGGGCUCGACAUCAACCUCAGCCAGUGCCCGCCGAGCCCGUGGAUGCCCAAGAACAUCAAACUGCAGCACUGGAGUCUGUUCGACGACGUGCCCGAGGAGAUGGUCGGCAAGUAUGACUUUGUGCACGUACGUCUGGUCAUCAUGGUCCUGACCAACGAGGACCGCACGCGCGCCAUGACCAACUUCUACCGUCUGCUCAAGCCCGGCGGCUACCUGCAGUGGGACGACAUGGACUCGGUGCGGACGCGCGUCAAGAAGAUCGACCCGAACAUGGAGACUCCCGCGCUGGACCAGCUGCGCCUGGCGUGCUGGGCGGAAGGCCGCCAUGACUGGAUGCUGGACUUGCCGGCGCUGCUUAAGGAGAUCGGGUUCGCUGAUGCGAAGAUGGAGCUGAACGAUGACGAGGACGAUCUGAUCCGGCCGUUUGGCGACCAGCAUCUGUGUACGAUGGAGGAGUUCGGCGAUCGGUUGGUGUCUGUUGGGGAGAAGGAUGGCGCGAACCGCUUCUAUCGCUUUGUGCAUGAGUCGGCUGCCGAGGGGCAGCGUGGCGCUGCUUUGUGUAUUCCCCGGUUUGUGGUGGUCGCGCGCAAGCCGCCGGUCGCUGAAUUGAAGCUGUAA